CUUUCUCUGCAAACUGAUGAGAGGGUUAGACCAGAGCAGGAACAAGGGGACCCACAACUGGCCAUCCAGGGGUCACUCUGACCUGGGGGGCAGCCAAGGAGAGCUGAACUUGGCUCUGAGCCACAGGAACCACCUAGAGCUGAAGAUAACCAUGGGCGAACUAUGUCCAGUGGAGGGAAGGGAAAUAAGUUAGGGAGGCCUCCCUCAUCCCUCAGUUCUAGACUAAACCAAGAAGUGCGCUUUGAAGUGAAUGGACUGCCUUCAGGUUUUUCCAGCUCCCGAGGCCUCACCCACACUGGCGGUGGACUGGGUGAGCUGGGUUAUAUUUUCUGACAGUCUGCCAGCUCCUGACUCCUCCUCCUGAGAAUGAACUUGGGGCCCAUGGAUGGUGCUGUUUAGACAUGUUGUGAUGGAUCCAGAAGAAAAGGGCUUGUUGCCAUGGCAGUCCUUACCAUGAGCUGAUGCUGGGUUAAGAGAUUUAGACAGGUUAUCUAAAUCCUCACAAAUAUCAGCCCUGCCUGGAAAGGCAGCCUCAUCCAUUCAUUCACUGAAUUGAUGAGUAUGGAUAGAGCACUGAUGAUUGUCUGAAACGCCAUAGGUACUGGGUUAUAGUAACAGGUGAAUCAUAUAGUCUGCUCCAGGCAACUUGGUCUACUGUGAGGUUUUUGUUCCCAUUUUUCAGCAGAGGAAACUGAGGUCUCAAGAGAUCAAGAAGGUUGCCCUGCUCACCUAGCUGGCCCAGGCAGAUCCCAAAGAGGAGUUGCAUCCUGGGUGGCUCCAGGUCCUCCUGCACGUCCACACCCUCCCAGGCCCUGGAGGUCUGUUCCCUGAAAUGCACACACUUUGCCCACUGCAUCCGUUUAAGAGGCAAGCCUGACUCAAGUGGCCUGAGGUUCACCCUGAUUCAGCAUGACUUAUAGAUAAGUCCUUCCCCGGAUGAUGAGAGGCAGUGCCCUCCAGGGCUGGGCUUGUACACUGACACUGCCUGGGGCCUCCCUCAGGUGUUUAUAGGCACAGGCCCAGUAGUGGAGCCGUGAGACUCGGGAUGAAGCCAGGUGAACACAGGAGCUGCGCUGACCUUCUCAAAGCAGGUUCCCACUGCCUCUUCUCGAACGCUCUGACGUCCAAUCCAGGCCCCGGGAUCCAACCUGGAACACUCCCUGAGCCCAACAGAUUGCCAAACUUCCAAAAGCUGAAGGAAUUGAGUCAUCUGCUAGUCCAAGCUCAGUCUUCAGUCCCUUCAGAAUCACUUCUCUCUUGGACAUCUUUAACCUGCUGAUAUAUUUCCAUCUGACCAAGCAUUUUUGUAGGCUGCGAGGCCCCAUGGCAUCCCUCCCCGUCCUGCAGAAGGAGAGAGUGUUCAAGUCGGGAGCACAGGCCUACAGAAUCCCUGCUCUGCUCUACCUGCCGCAGCAGAAGACUCUGCUAGCCUUCGCAGAAAGGCGCAAGAGCAAGAAGGAUGAGGAUGCAGAGCUGAUUGUCCUGCGCAGGGGAAGCUAUGAUGAGUCCACCCACCGGGUCCAGUGGCAUGCUCAGGAAGAGGUGGCCCAAGCCCAGCUGGAGGGCCACCGGUCCAUGAAUCCAAGUCCCUUGUAUGACGAGAAAACGGGGACCCUCUUCCUCUUCUUCAUUGCCAUCCCCAGGCAGGUCUCUGAGCAACACCAACUCCACACCAAGGUCAAUGUGACACGGCUGUGCCAAGUCACCAGCACCGACCACGGCAGGUCCUGGAGCCCCACCAGAGACCUCACCGACUCUGCCAUUGGCUCAGCCCACGGGGAAUGGGCCACCUUUGCGGUGGGCCCGGGGCACUGUCUGCAGCUGCACAAUGAGGCGCAGAGCCUGGUGGUGCCAGCCUACGCCUACCGGAAACUCCGUGCCCACCGGUGGCCCAGCCCCUCUGCUUUCUGCUUCAUCAGCCACAACCACGGGCUCACGUGGGAAAGAGGCAACUUUGUGGCCCCGGAAACCGUGGAAUGCCAAGUGGCUGAGGUUGGGGGUGCAAAACAGAGGAUGAUAUAUCUCAAUGCUAGAAGCCCCCGUGGGGCCAGGAUUCAGGCCGAGAGUGUCAACAACGGGCUUGAUUUCAGGGGGGCCCAAUUGGUCCAGAAGCUUGUGGAGCCUCCCCAUGGCUGCCAUGGGAGUGUGAUCGCCUUCCCCAGCCCCAGAGCGGGGCCUGGCUCCUCAGACAAGUGGCUGCUCUACACUCACCCUACUGACCCCCGGCAGAGAACCAACCUAGGUGCCUACCUCAAUACACGGCCCCCAGCCUCUAACGCCUGGUCCCACCCGGCCCUGCUGGCUGAGGGCAGCUGCGCCUACUCAGACCUUCAGAGCCUGGGUGUCGGCCCUGAUGGCUCACCCCAGUUUGGGUGUCUGUACGAACAUGAUAACUACGAGGAGAUCAUCUUCCUCAUGUUCACCCUGAAACAAGUCUUCCCAACUGAAUUUUCGGCUCAGUGAGCCGGCCAUGUGCUACCCCCUUUUCUUGUCCCCCUGCUCAUGCAAAUACCCUAUGACCCAGCAAUUCCACUCGGAAGUAUACAUCCAAGAGAAAUGCACGCAUAUAGCUGCCAAAUACACGGAAUGAGCAUAUUUACAGCAGCUUCAUUCAUAAGA